GGUCUGUCCCUCUCGUAGUUAAUGGUCGCCGCGAGCCGUCCGCUCGAGUGUCGGUCUGAGUUUUCCCACGGAAAACACCACUUCCCGUGGGUCCGUCGUCACUGUACGCGUCGUUGUGUCGCGCAGCGCAGCACGAGCGGAGCAGCAGCAGCAGCAAUCCCAUUUGGUAGCCGAGUGUACAGCUACGCAGAUUUAUAAAAGAUGAGUUCGAGCGCGUGUUACAAAUGUAACCGUAUGGGCCACUUUGCGCGAGAGUGCCCACAAGGAGGAGGUGGCGGUAGAGGAGAUCGUGGACGCGACAGGGACGGUGGCUUUGGACGCGGCCGAGAGAAGUGCUUCAAAUGCAAUCAAUUUGGACACUUUGCGCGCGAGUGCAAGGAGGAUCAGGAUCUUUGCUAUCGCUGCAACGGCGUUGGACACAUCGCAAAAGACUGUCAGCAGGGUGAUGUUUCUCGGCAGGGACCGGAGCUGAGCUGUUACAAUUGCAACAAGACUGGUCACAUGGCGCGCAGCUGUCCGGAAGGUGGCAAUGAUUCCGGCCGCUUCGCAAUGCAGAGUUGCUACAACUGCAACAAGACGGGCCACAUCGCCCGCAACUGCACCGAGGCCGGUGGCAAGACUUGCUAUAUCUGCGGCAAGACCGGUCACAUAAGCCGCGAAUGCGAUCAGGACGAUAGGAAGUAGGAGAUAACUGGAAUCCGUGCCGCUCGCUUAACGAUAAGCCGUUUACCGUCGCGCGCGCCACUACCGGGGAUUGUAGCUAGGUAGGGAUGUGCGGACGUAUGUCUCGUUGACGCGUACAAUUCACAGAGGACGCGUGUCGCCGUCGUCGUCAUCGUCGCCGCCGUCGCCGUCGUCGUCGUCGUCGAUUUAUUAUCGUCGUCGCCGUCGCCGCCGCCGUCGUCGUCUUCGCCGUCGUCGUCGUCACUCAUCGUCGCCGUCGUCGUCGUCGUCGUCGUCGUAAUCGUUCGGAUCUCCAUCUCUCCAUGCUCCCAACUCCCGGAGGCCAGCUCCCCCAGGCCCUCCUCUCCCCUAUCCCCAAUCUCCUUCCCCUCUCUGCCCACCGUUGUUCUCUUCGCAAGGGUUUUCUUUUUCUUAACGAUGUCUUUAAGUUUUUAUUGCUGUUACGCAUACACAUACACACCUCUACACGACAUUAUUACAUGUAUUACUAUUAACGUGUGAAUGAGCGCGUGCAGGAUUCAUCCUACCAACACACGUUCGACAUUUUACACAUGUACACACAUGCAUGCAGCAUGCAUGCAUGUAUGUAUGUAUGUAUGCCGACACACACUUACACAUGUACACACCCCUAUCUAAUAAUAUUAUAAACAUUCGAUUGAAUUAGAGUAGAGACAUAAGUCCUCUGUCCCCCAACCUUCGAACUGUCUUGUGCGCGCAUUGUUUUCCGAUGCAAGAUGUAUGGAUCCUCGGGAAGCUCACGCGUGGCCCCGCGAGACACGACGCGUGUCUGGUCAUCUUGCGCGACGUUUAGAUGUAACGCGCAAGGUUUUCCUUACACGCGCUCCCUCGGCGAUUCUCACAUACGAAUCAAGUAAAUUUUACGGAAUGACUGAUGACACAUGAUUAAAUAUUCAAAGGAAAAAUAAAAUAAUAAAUGCAAAAAAAUGCGAAAGAAAAGAUAAAAGAACAGAGGUUGCCAUCCAGCACCCGUUAAGAGAAAGGGGAACGUCUUUGCCGUUGACGUUGUUCACGAACGGAUCACAAGGGCACAGGCUCACGUCGCACCACUUUUCGUAUCCACGCAUCUUGUAUUCUCCGGUCCUCCCUCUCGAACUCUCUAGCCGACACUCACAGAUCGACAAACGAAGAAAAGAAAAGUAAAGAAGAAAUUCGGAAGCGAAAGCGGGAAUGGAAAAGGCAAGCGAGAACACAUGCCGGCCCUGAAUGCAUAAAAAUAAGGUUUAGUAACGCUAAUUUUUAAUGUGUAAGGAUGUAAUGAGGAUCUCGCCGAGCUGUUACUGUAGACUAUCAUUUUUCUUUUCGCGUUCUUUUGAUUUUUUUUCUCCCCUUUACUUUUGCUGUGGUUUCUUUCUUCCUUUCUUUUAUUUUUUUUUUAUUACAUGUACCGGAUUCACCUAGCUCCGUAUCACGUGUACGGACGAAAGCGAGGCAUAGCUGUAGGAUUGUCAGUGUUUACGGGUUUAUAUACAAUUACACACCGGGUCUCAUACACCCUUCGACUUCGACGCAGUAGGGCGAAAGACAAGAAGAGAGGCGUAUGCUUUCUACGGUUUCUCCGAAUGCGAAACAAAAGAGUUUACAUCGCGUUUAAUAUCAGUAUGAUACGUUCGAAACGGUCGCUACAUCGAUAUGUAUGUAUAUAUACAUAUAAACACAUGGUGGUCUGUACAAGUUGGCACAUUUUGUACGUACAAUCAUAUAAUUGUUAAUAACGAGACUAUUAGAGAGACUCGCGCAUAUUGUUCAUACUGUCGCCGGACCGUUGACGGACCUGCGACUAGAGCGAAACCCACACAAAGAGUAACCAACCUUACUAUAUCCUUACAUGUUGCUGAAAAUACUUCGUUACUAGGUAUAUGUAUAUAUCAUAUACACGCGCGUAUGUGUAUACAUAUAUUUAUGCAUAUGUGCAGGAGCUGUAUUUUGUACUGUAAAAAGCUAGCUUAUACUCUGGUCGUUGCUGGUGACUAAUUCCGAUGACUGCGCGUUUUUCCUUUGUAUUUCACACGAGGAAAAUUCAUAUUUUUCAUGUAUAGAGAGUAUUAUACAUGCUGAGAUGGACACACUUGAUUUCUUUUCGUACGUGCGUAACUCAUAAGUUGUAGAAACAAAAUUUGUAGAUACGAUCGAAAAAAAGGGGGAAAGGUACAUUUGAUUGAUUGUUCCCCGCUGCGCGCGGGGAUUGACCAUUUUACACUCGACGCGAGUACAAAGCGAGGUUUUUCUUAAACGCAAAAAGAAAUGCAGAAGGGGGGUGAAACCGCGAUGAAAUCAUAUUUAGCAAGGAAGAGCCACGACUCGUCCGAUCGCGGCACGUUCAGUGUUCAUAAAGCAAAACGCAACGCAAUUAGAAUAAGACGCUAUUAGAUUCUCCGACUACUUUUCAAAACACCGGACCAUGUCUGCGAGCGUAGUGCGAUGCGCGUAGUUACCAAAUUCUCAAUUAUGCUGGAAGCCGGACGACGAGUCUCCGUUCGAGUCCCGGACACGCGCGGACGGAUCGCGUGGAUGUGUCGUGCGCCUUCCACAGAAAGGAAACUCUGUGCACGGAGACCCACGGGAUCUUUAGCGCGCGUGCGAGCUAAGCGGUUUUACCAGCAGCGACAAUUGUGUAUUAAACGUUCAGAAGCCAGGCGUGCCUGACUAUCUCGGAUGGAAGAGAAGAGGCCCACCCGGGCACGCGUGCCCAGGUGGGUAUUUCGUCGUAUAGUAAUCCACGGUGUCCUGCAACAAUUUUAUACACUCGAUCACACUGUUCGGGACUUAAAGCCGGAUCUCAUUGCGUAGCUUCGGUGUGCUAGUGCUCACGACGAGACUUGGAGAGGAUCAAACAAAUUGUACUUUGCUGUAUUGGACCGCGCAACCUUCGGUGCUCACCAUUGCGUGGACGCGCGUCGACCCAAGUCCUUCAACGCGAGCGUCUACCGGACACGUCCGAGAGAUUGAACGUUCACCUAUCGUCGGUCUUGGUCUUUCAUCAAAUUUUCCAUUCUGGUCACUCCUCGGUCUAACUUGAUUGUCUCUGAAAUACGUGAAAUGAUCUAAUUCAAGUUUGUGGCGAAAGAUGAGUUACGAUUGACCGGACCGAUUGGAUGUUUCAAUCUCUCGAACCUGUCCUCAAGUUGGACUUUUUCUCAGACACUCGUUUCGUCUGCAUGGGAACAUUCUUCGAUAAAUUUCUUCGAUCGAUCACGAGAGAGCAACAGUGGAACACGCGUUAGCCGAUUCCAUCCGCGACGCGCGUCCGACUUGAUUGGUGGCAUUGGAGGUUCAAACGAGCAUACAAAUAUAAUUAUUAUGAAGAAUAAUAAAAGAAAAAAAAAAUCGAGUGCGAUUAGGGCACCUGCGCUUUUGUCUCUGCUACAAGACUUACGUACGAAUAUUGUAAAGAAUACGACUGUUACAGUGUAUGAAUUUAAUUCGACCGGCGGCGCACGCCGGGUCCACGGCUCGACUUAUAUAUUAAACUAAUCUAUUAAUACUUAAAAAAAAGAAGAAAAGGAGAAACGAGAGAGAGAGAGUGAGAGAGAGAAAGAAGAAGAAGGAAGAAGACGAGGAGGAUGAAGAGGAAGAAAAAAAUAAGCUACAAAGUAAUAAAAAGGAUUGUGGAGUAUUCGAAGUUAUGUUUUUAAACUGAAUUUUUGAAAUAGAAUGUGUACGGAGAGGCAA